AUGGCAACGACCUUAGAGGUGAUGAGCAUGGUGCAGACGGCACAAGGCGGGUCCUUCCAGGACGCCGACUCCAUCUUCAUGAUGAUGCCUUGCAUCGGCUUCUGUAUGCUGGGUGUAUCAAAAUCCUACAAGGCAGUGGUGUACCGCCCUGUAUAUGAGAACCUGUACACUGAACUUAGAGCCAUUUGGCCUGAUGGAGAAGUUACCGAAGAGGAAUACCACAUCAUCAAUACAGCAUUGGCACGACUCUACAUUGUAAUUAAAGGUUACUACUGGUGCAACAACACGCUGCUCGUGGUGUACCUGUCAGUACCCUUCAUCAGGUACAUCAAGUGGCUCGCCGGCUGGGACGUGUCUCUCGUCCUACCGUUCUUCUACUGGCUCCCCUUCAACCCUUAUUAUAUGAAGGGCGUCUAUGAGUUCCUGCUGCUGGUCCAGACUUGGCAUGGCGUGAUAACAGUGUGGUACAUAGUGAGCAGCGACCUGCUGUUUUGCGCUUUUAUGUGUCAUAUCACCACCCAGCUGGACCUACUCUCUGUCAAGAUCAGGCGACUCGUCUACGUGCCUGAAGAUGAACAACUCAUCGGGGAGUAUCCAUUAGCUACCUAUAACAAGGAACUUUCAAGUACCGACAAGAGGUCUCUGAAUGAUGACGAAUCUCAGAAGAAAGUGCACGAUGAUUUAAUAGACAUUGUUCUUAGACAUCGAGUUCUUAUAAGAUUGGCAGGUGAUGUGGAACAGCUAUUCAGCGUUACUCUGCUGCUGAACUUCUGCAAUGGAUCCAUCAAUAUUUGCUUCUGUGGAUUUUGCUGCGUGAUGGUAGAGAAAUGGAACGAGUUACCCUACAAAGUCUUCUUGUUAACUGCAUUGUCUCAAAUGUGGCUGUUCUGCUGGUACGGACAACGACUUUUGGAUUCUAGCUUAGGUGUGGCAGAUGCAUUGUAUAAUAGUGGAUGGUACCGCGUUAACAAACAAAUAAGUAAUAUUAUCCGCAUUAUGAUUUAUAGAUCUCAAAAGGAAGUUCGUGUAACAACUUAUGGAUUUUCAGUGAUUUCACUCUCUAGCUUUACGACGAUUAUUAAAACAGCGUGGUCUUAUUUCACGCUCCUGUUGAAAACUUACAAGCAAUGA